CGACCUGUGAAACCUGCUAGCAAGUAAAAAAAAUCAAAUUACCUUACUUAAGGAUAUUCCUAAAAUCAUAUUGUACGGAACUCUACAAACUACAAAAUCUUAACUCUCCAAACAAAAACUGGAGAUGAAGAACGAAGCAGCUCCAAAGGAAUCAAUCUUCCGUCUAAAAUGGCCGUGGGAGUGGGACGCCGUCCCUCAGAAUUAUCCCACAACAAACUCCAAUCUCUGCUCCUACUACGAUGGCCCAUGGCUCUUCAAAUCUCUCAACACCCUGGGCUCCGUCGCCCUCAGUUCCUUCAACUCGAUUUCCAAUUUAUCGACCCCUUGGACGAAGAAAAGCUUCAAUCUCAUCCAAUUGGGACAGCCGACCGGGAAGGGAAGUGCGCUGACACCGGAAGAGCAGGGGGAGGCGGAGCAGAGAGCUUUCGCGUCGGCCCUGGCGAGUGGGAAAGAGGCGACGGUGCUUGAAUUCUAUUCCCCAAAAUGCAAGCUCUGCAACUCGUUGGUUAAUUUCGUGACGGAAGUGGAGAACCGGAACUCGGAUUGGGUCAAUAUCGUGAUGGCCGAUGCAGAGAACGAGAAUUGGCUGCCUGAGCUGCUGCACUAUGACAUAAAGUACGUUCCCUGUUUUGUAAUGGUGGACAAAAAUGGCAAGGCGGUGGGGAAGACUGGAGUUCCCAGCAGUCGAUUGCAUGUGGUUGCUGCCAUUUCUCACCUUCUCAAGCUCAAGCGUCCCCACUCCUCGACCACCACCAUCGCUGCUACUACUUCUACUGUAACAGGAACACCAACUCAACCACCAUAACUCUCUCAGUCAGUCUCCCUCUGCCAAGUCAAGUAGAAAGAUUCUUUCUACCCCGUGAUUGUGAUGGAGGGGCCUUUUGUUGUUGGCUAUAUUCACCACAAAUGGAAAACAAAACAAAUGUAAGAGAGAAGAAAGCCCCCAAAAUUUCCUGCCCUUUUGAAGGUGAUCGCCCCGGUCCCUCGGUUGUUCAUAUGCAGUUAAUGUAGGACGUGAUUCAAUUGUGUUGUCGAUUAGGAAUGACGAUUUUGAUGUGUCUUGCUCAACUCGACUUGUUUCGUUCUGUUUUUUCGCUUUGAGAGUAGCGUUCGAACGAGGCAUGAAUGCUAGGUCUGCCAUGCUCCAUUUUGUUGGUCGAUUUGCAAUGACGACACUCGAUGCAAGACAGAUAUAAAUAUUGAGGUACUAG